UCCCUGGGAGUGCGCAGCACCUCGAUCCGGUGCCCGCUGUGUCCUCCGGACACAGUGAAACACCGAUCGUCGGACGGGACCUCUGGCCAAUCAGUGAUCACAUGCAAAGUAGUAAGCAAGAUGUCACUUGUGACAUCAUUGCUUACUACGUGUGAAAUCUGUGAAUGAUCACAGAGGUCACGUGGUACAAGGCUAUUCACAACAGCCUUGUACCAUGUGACAAGCUGUGACCAAUCACAGCUCACUCAGUA